UCAUGAUUCACUUUCCCUAGGCUUACUGUCACUGGACUAUUCAACAUCUCAGGCUUUUUUGUUUAUAAACGAUGUCAGGCUCUAACCCUUCAAUGCGUCUCUCCAAAAGAUCCCGAGCCAGCGAUGCAGCGCAAGAUAGAUUGAUUCGCACUGAGGGAGAGCGAGUCAAGCGACGUCGCACUUCCCAUGACAAGGAUGAGAUUAAGCAAAGCUUGGGGCCAGCAAUGCCCCAUGCUCCAAAAGAAAAGAAUGACCACAACCAGACAGUACAUGUUGCAAAUAGUUCUUCAUUGCAUAGCAUCGACCAAGACACGAUUGCAGUCCCUGAAGCUUGGUCCUUAUCUACACCAGUCGCGGGACAGUAUACCAACAUAGAUCCAAUCCUUACCCGCGAUGAGGGGUAUCUUUUUGUCGGGCUUGAGGCAGCCGUUCAUGUUUAUUCUGUCGCAACCUCUCGUCUCUUUCGAACACUGCAGUUGAAACCAAAUCAAAGCAUCAUCGGAUACAAUCUUUCGUCAGCGAGUCAGGAGUAUCUUUACAUCGUUACCUCCGCUGGUUCUGUUAGCAAGUGGGAUUGGCUAUCUGGAAAACAAGUCUCACAUUGGACCAUGGGCCGCAAAAUAAUCUCCGUUAGCCCGUCCUUUUCUGCUAAUCAAGGCGAGGAAGAUUUUGCAUUACUGAUUCUGCGAGAUCACAAAGCUGGGAAAAGGGAGAUCGUUGUCGCUCACCUAAGUGAGAAGAACCUCCACGAAACUGUCAUCCUCGAAACAAGCGCUCGGCUUGACCACAUAAAGUGCAUUUCUGAUGGCCAAGCUGUCAUUGCAUAUAGCGGUCAGCGUGUACUCAUUGGAACUCAAGGUUUGAGCCAAAAUGAUCCGGAACUCAUGCAAUAUACUUGGAAAGAGGUGGCUUUGCCUGUCAACAUUAGUUGUGUUGACAUUCGGCAUUCUACGGCAUCGUCUCGGGUCGAAGGACAAAGUUGGAAUAACAAGAAGGGUCCGAUUGGCAUUGACCUGGCCUUAGGCAGCUCAGAUGGGUCUAUUCUGAUAUAUCACGACAUUCUAAACUUUGUUGGUAAAGAGCACCACAAAGGCGAGAAGACCAUGACUCCUAGACGGCUGCAUUGGCAUAGGGACCUUGUCACUGUAGUUCGUUGGUCAAUUGACGGUAAUUAUGUUAUAUCUGGAGGUCAUGAAUCUGUUAUGGUGUUAUGGCAAUUGGAUACAGGCCGGAAGCAGUUUCUUCCACACCUUUCUUCUCCAAUCUGCAACAUUGUGGUCUCCUCAACUGGCAACUCCUAUGCCAUCAAGCUAGCCGAUAAUUCUAUCAUAGUUUUAUCGGCGAGAGAGCUACAACCAUUCGCUACCAUAACCGGUCUGCAGUCGUACUCACAGAUAAACAAACCUAGGGUAGGGGUAUAUCCACCACCCACACCAGCUGCAGCAAUACUACACCCACAAUACGGUGAAAGGCUCUUGAUAACCGUGCCAGCCUCACGUCAAGUCACCCAUGAAGGUCACCACCCCGCAAAUUCCUGUGUCCUUCAGACCUACGAUAUCCAUUCCAAUAGUCAUAUAUCUCGUCAGGCUCUCGCACGCACUAACGCGACAACUUUGAAAAUCAGCCCGGAAGGUUUACCGAUUGCAGCGCCGAAUGUCACUCACCUAGAUGUUUCUCAUGAUGGGAAGUGGAUGUCUACAGUUGAUACAUGGAGCCCCAACCCCCAUGAUACUGAGGCUCUUGAUUGCAAUAGCACUGGUAUGCGCAGCAUUGCCGCAGACUAUCAAGAGGUGUUUUUGAAAUUCUGGAGAUGGAGCAAGUCUGGCUUGUGGGAACUUGUCACACGUGUUGAUGGGCCCCAUUUUUCAGGGAAGGGCCCGGUUCCGGUCUUGGAUCUUGCAUCUCGACCAGUUAGUGAUGAAUUUGCAACAAUAGGAAGCAACGCGGUUUUACGCUUGUGGUGCCCAAGCAGUAGACAGCGCAGUGGACUCAAGACGGGGCAUGGUGAAGAGCAGCUCGAGACUUGGAAAUGUCGGAAUACCGUCGAUUUGAAGGGAUACAUCAACGGCGAAAAUCUUGACAGCGUGAACAUGGCUUCCAUAGCGUUUUCUCAAGAUGGCUCCGUGCUUGCUGUAUGCCUACAAUCAGGGUAUCCUGGGAGUCCCGGGAUUGCCGUCCUUGUUGAUGUUCAAAGCUGCACUGUCCGUUACAGUAGAGCAGGGGUGUAUCCAGGGGACCCCUGUGUGGCAAGGUUCCUAGGGUGCCACCUUGUUAUCGCUUCAACACAAUCUGUGUCUGUUUGGGAUACAGUGGAUGAUAUAGUAAGGACACCGGGCAACUUGGAAGUCGGUUACUCCCAUGAUGAUAAGGCGUACCGGCUUUUGGCAGUGGAUCUCAAUACACAGACUUUCGCUGUUACUGUACAACGUCCACAGAGUCCUACUGCGCCCAGAAAGGGAUGCAAGUACUUUGUGCAGGUGUAUGAUGUACAGUCAUUAUCCUUGCUUAGCCAGCUGCCUCUGGGGAGAAGCCCCCAUGCUUUGCUGCCCGAUUCACGAUCGGGUGAUUAUAUUGUGCUGGAUGUAGCAGCAAAUGUACAAAGACUUGGUUGCAGCAAGAAGACAUCUCAGGCCCUCCCGUCCCAAGACUGGGUGGAUAAGGUCAAUUCUGGACUAGCAGAGUUACUUGGAAGCAGUGUGUAUGGGUCCAGAUACCAGCAACCUUCACAAACACUCAUGGACAGUUUUGAAGCAUCACCUCCACAAAGCAAAGAACUAGCUGGGAUCUUUAAUGAUUCCCCAUUUGUUUUGCCUUCUGCUAGUGUCUUAUUCCAGGACGUUGUGCAAGCUCUCACUGGCUAGUCAUUGACUUUUUAGAAACUAUUCCUCUUGAAAAUACAUUGCGAUAUUGACUAGUAUCUACCUGGCUCUUGGGUGCACCCUGCAUCGUCAGUGACCUUGUUACCAUAACUAGUUUAUACCCUGUCAAAGGGAAGGGAGAAGUUCUCUAUAGGUUUUUUAGAUGUUACUUACGUCUCCAUAA